GUUACGAGACUCCAAGCGAUCGGUGAGGCGUUUUGUGGGUCAUGGAGGAGGAAGGUAAAUAAAAUAACCAGGCACUAAAACACGCAGCUGCUGGUUUCGGAAAGCUACCGGGGAGGUUUGACACCGAGGCGGUUUCUUUUUUUUUCCUCAUACGGCUGUUAUCUCAGAGGAGCCACCGGAGAGGAUCGACUGUCGGUUUCGGCUAACAGCAGCUGCUGUCGGCGUUCACAGGUGUUCUGAUUGGGUUUGCCUCAUCAUUGUGUUGCCAUGGCGAUGCGGGAGCUGGUGGAAGCAGAAUGUGGUGGAGCCAAUCCCCUCAUGAAGCUGACCGGUCACAUGACAAAGGAAGGGGGGGCAUGGCGGCACCGCUCAACACCUACAAUUCCCCCUGCUGCGAUAGAAAUUGCAACUGAAGAAGAGCUUGUAAAUGAGUUCCUUCAGGCCCCCCCACGACCCCCACACACCUUUGACAUGGGUCAGCUGCUGGAGGAAAUGCAGCAGAUCGACCAGCAGACCUACAGACAAGCUCCUCAGAGAGCCCCAGAUGUGGCAGCAUUGGCUCUCUCCGGUGACUGGGCAGCUGAGUUCCUCUCAGGUUCAGACUCUGCCUCUGCUCCGGGUCUCACUGCCCUCGGUGAUGCGGCAGAUGCUGAUUGGACAAGAGAAUUUAUCGCUGAGGCUGCAGAUCCUGGACGCUGGGCAGAGGAGUAUCUGGAGCAGUCAGAGGAGAAGCUGUGGCUGGGAGAUUUGGGAGACAAGGAGAAUGAAUGGACAAAGGAGUAUCAACCAGGAGAGGAGUUGAGGCAGACAGCCAAUGAACUUGUCUCAAAGGUUGAUGACCCCAAGUUACAAAACACAGAGUUCCUUCGAUUCAUUAGGCAGAUUGGCGAGGGCAGUGUGACAGUGGAGAGCAGAACAGACAAACAGCUCACAGAUAAAGCUCAGGCCCAGGAGGCUCAGAACUGGGCCUCCAACCUCAACCAGGUGUCUGAAGAAUCGGCUGAAGCCUGGGUAGAUGAGUUUGCCACAGCGGGGCCGGAUUUCCAAGAAGCUAAAGCUGCAGUGGAGAGUGAUGUGGAUUUCUGGGAGAAGCUGCAGCAGGAGUGGGAGGAGAUGGCAAAGAGGGAUGCAGAAAGCCACCCCUGGCUGUCUGACUUCGAUCAGCUACUCAAUAGCUCUUAUGACAAGGGUUAUCAGUUUGAAGAGGACAACCCUUACAUGUCCCACCCUGACCCUCUGUCUGAAGGGGUGAAGAGGAUGGAGGCAGGGGACAUCCCGGGCGCUGUACGCUUCUUUGAGAGUGCUGUACAAAGAGAACCAGACAACCAGCUGGCUUGGCAAUAUCUUGGAACCUGUCAGGCAGAGAACGAGCAAGAAUUUGCUGCUAUCAGCGCCCUCCGCAGAUGUAUAGAGCUGAAGAAUGACAACCUGACAGCUCUGAUGGCGUUGGCUGUCAGUUUCACUAACGAAUCACUGCACAGGCAGGCCUGUGAGACUCUCCGUGAUUGGCUGAAGCACAACCCAAAAUAUCGCUCUGUUUGGGAGCAGAAUGAGCGGGAACGCCAAAAGGAAGGUGCCACAGAGAAGGACAAGGAGAGGGAUAGGUUCGGGUCACUGCUGCCAGAAUCAUUGUUUACUGAUGUUCAGUCCCUGUUCCUGCAAGCAGCCAACUCGGACCCUGCCCAGGUGGACCCCCAGCUGCAGUGUGGUCUUGGGGUUCUCUUUAACCUCAGUGGGGAGUAUGACAAGGCAGUGGACUGUUUCAGUGCUGCGCUCUCUGUCACACCACAGGACUAUCUGCUCUGGAAUAAAUUAGGUGCCACACUUGCUAAUGGCAGCCGCUCAGAAGAAGCUGUGGCCGCCUACAGGAGAGCGCUGGAACUGCAGCCAGGUUUUGUCCGAAGCCGCUACAAUUUGGGAAUUAGCUGUGUGAACCUGGGAGCACACAGAGAGGCGGUGGAGCACUUUCUUGAGGCUCUGUCUCUACAGCGUCAGGCGGCCAGCGAUGGUGCGAGAGUUGCAAGGGGGCCAGGAGGCGCAGCAGCCACCAUGAUGUCUGACAACAUCUGGUCCACUCUGCGCAUGGCUCUCAGCAUGAUGGGAGAGAGCUCUCUGUAUGCUGCUGCUGACCGCCGGGACUUGGACACGUUGUUGGCUCACUUUUGCCAGAGAGAGGUGGAUGGUGCGGCUGAAUGAGAACCAGCCAGGGGGGAGCUAAUCAUAUGUGAGUGCAUUUCCCGGGGAGGAAAAUGUUUGGGAAACUGAAUGAAGAGGAGAGAAAUCAGAGUUAUGCAGAGAAAUGGAGGAAGAAGACACUGUGAAUAAUCAACCAACCUUGAGAUGUCAUCUUGUGGUUAUUUUCCCUCUAAAGACUUCAGUACACUAUUGCAGUAUUAGUUUCUACCUGGGAGAUGCAACUGACAGUAAUACAGUCAUGUUACUGUGUUCCACAUGUUUGACCGUCCUCGCCUUUCCUACAGCUCUGUUGAUCUGUAAAACUGAGUUUAUGAAAUGUCACUUUGAUUUUAUAUGCAUUCUUAAUAAAGAAGGUAAAUGAUGGAGCAUGAUUGAAUCCACUCUUUAUUCAGUGGAUAGUUAUGAUUACUAUGUCAUUCAAUGCCCUCACAACCUCUGAUCAGCAGCAGGUUGUAUGUUGAACUGUACUGUAAAUUCACUACAGUUGUGUAGACACAAGGUACAAUAUUGCUUUGACAUGAAAAGAGUACUGCUUUGUAUCAAAAGUGCCCCGAGAAGGAUCAUUCAGGUCCAGAGUACAAAUGCUAAUCAUACUUGCUACAGCGGCUUGUUUUUUCUUUUUUUAUAUACUUUAUUUAAUUUUGUAGCAAUCAUUUAUCAACAAAAUAAUGAAAUGACAACCAGCGGGACUGUUACUAUUAUGUUAUUAGUGUACGGUCUUUAUAUGUGUGAAUGUGCUUUUUUUUUUUUUGUUUGGAUGGGUGAUAUUAAUUGGAAAAUCACAUAAUUGUAAUAUCAUUGAGAAUGGUUUCUCUGGGCUCCCCCCUCUCCUGCUCCUUUUCAUAUUGCCCUUGUAAAACGAUUGCUUAAUUGUAAAAUAAUGCUAUAUGCCAUAUUGUGUAUUGUAACAUAAUUGUUGCACUAUUAUUGUUUUCAGGCUAGUUAAAUCCUGACUGCAAUGUUUAAUAUAACAUUCAGCAAUAAAGCUUUGAUUCCAAACA